AUAUCAUCAUUACUUCUUUUUAAUUUUUUAUAACUAUAUACUAUAUAGUAGUGAUCAUAUUUUUUUUGGAUAAACAAGGAAGAUUAAAAAAACUAAACAUGUCAAUCUCAGCUUCUUAUCUAAGAUUUAGCCUGACUGCUCACUAUGAACGUCCUUCUUCUCCAGCAAAUCAACAUCCCAACUUCUUUAAAAGCAACAGAUCUUCCGGAGAGUUACAUGCUGAUUUCAAUUCAAAUUUGCAAUGUAAUGCAGUUUCUAGGCCUCGUACAAAAGAAUACAAAGAAGUACUGCAUAAUGGUUCAUUGCCGGUUAUCAAGUGGGACGACAUCGUGGAGGAAGUGGACAUGGAAACACAAACACUUGAGGUGUACCAUCCAUUAUCAAAUAAAAUCAUAAAGGAGCAUAUCGAUGGUGUUCGAUCGAUGCUGCGAUCGAUGGAGGAGGGAGAAAUAAGUGUAUCGGCUUAUGACACAGCAUGGGUUGGUCUAGUGAAAGACUUGAAGGGAAGUGAAAAUCCUCAAUUCCCUUCAAGUCUUGAAUGGAUUGCCAAUAAUCAAUUGCCUGAUGGUUCAUGGGGUGACAGUGACAUCUUUUUGGUUUAUGAUCGUAUUAUCAAUACAUUGGCCUGUGUUAUUGCCUUGAAGUCAUGGAAUUUGCAUCCUGACAAGUCCCUACUUGGAAUAUCGUUUAUGAGAGAGAAUUUGAGUAAGCUUGGUGAUGAAAAUGCAGAGCACAUGCCUAUAGGCUUUGAAGUGGCAUUUCCUUCACUCAUUGAGAUUGCUAAAAAACUAGGCAUAGAUAUUCCUUAUGAUUCUCCAGUCUUGCAAGACAUCUAUGCCAGAAGACAAUUAAAGCUCACAAGGAUACCAAAGGACAUAAUGCACAAAGUGCCCACAACUUUACUCCACAGUUUGGAAGGAAUGCCAGAUUUGGACUGGCAAAAGCUACUUCAAUUUCAGUGCACUGAUGGAUCUUUACUCUUCUCUCCAUCUUCCACUGCCUUUGCACUUAUGCAGACUCAUGAUCAUAAUUGCCUCAAUUAUCUCACUAAUGCUGUCGAAAAAUUCAACGGCGGAGUUCCAAAUGUGUAUCCCGUGGACUUAUUUGAGCAUAUUUGGAUCGUUGAUCGAUUACAAAGACUUGGAAUAUCUCGUUAUUUUAAGGCAGAAAUUGAAGAGUGCAUUGAAUACGUAAACAGAUACUGGACAAAUAUAGGAAUCUGCUGGGCUAGAAAUUCCCCAAUUCAAGAUAUUGAUGACACGGCCAUGGCUUUUAGACUUUUGCGAUUGCAUGGCUACGUGGUUUCUGCUGAUGUAUUCAAACAUUUUGAGAGUGGGGGUGAAUUUUUCUGCUUCGUGGGACAAUCGAACCAGGCAGUGACAGGAAUGUAUAAUCUUUACAGGGCAUCUCAGUUAAUGUUUCCAGGAGAGAAAAUAUUUGAACAUGCAAAAAUAUUCACCUCUAAUUUUCUUCGAGAAAAACGAGCUCAAAAUCAAUUGCUAGACAAGUGGAUCAUCACAAAAGAUUUACCUGGAGAGGUGGGAUAUGCAUUAGAUGUACCAUGGUAUGCUAGCUUGCCCAGACUAGAAACAAGGUUCUUUCUAGAACAAUAUGGUGGUGAAGACGAUGUAUGGAUUGGCAAAACUUUGUAUAGGAUGCCAUUGGUUAACAAUAAUCGAUAUCUGGAGCUAGCAAAAUCGGAUUAUAACAAUUGCCAAGCUUUGCACCAGUUCGAGUGGAGAAGAAUUCUCAAGUGGUACGAAGAAUGUGGGCUGGGAGAAUUUGGAGUAACAGAAAGUAGCUUGCUGGUGACGUACUAUUUAGUUAGUGCAAGCAUAUUUGAGGCAGAAAGGUCCAAAGAGAGGAUGGCUUGGGUCAAAACCGCAGCUCUUAUGGACUGUGUGACAUGUUAUUUUGACAACAAACAAUUUUUUGAGCAACACAAGACUGCUUUUAUUCACGAAUUCACACAUUCUUCUAGCAGCACUACUCAUCUACACUACCUCAAUUCAAGGUAUAAUAAUGAAGAGAGGCUGGUCGGAAUUAUUCUGGGAACCCUAAAUCAGCUCUCACUGGCUGCCUUGCUGAGCCAUGGCAGAGACAUACAUCACAACCUGCAUCAUGCUUGGGAAAAGUGGCUGCUUACGUUGGGAGAAGGAUUUGAUGGAGUUAUUGAGGGAGAAGGAGCUGCUGAACUCAUAAUUCAUACGUUGAAUUCAUGCACAGGUCGAUUGGUAUCGGAUGAAAUACUGUCCAAUCCAAGUUACCAAAGGCUAAUGGAAAUUACCAAUAGAGUUUGUCACCAACUUCGUCUCUUUCACCUCGACAAGGGACAAAAUGAAGACAACCAAAGGAGUGAAAAGCAGCUGGGAAUGUUGUUGACGUUUAGUGAGGAAAUAGAAUCUGACAUGCAACAACUGACAGAGCUCGUGCUAUCUCAAUCAGAUUUGGAUGCCAAUAUCAAGCCUACUUUUCUUGCUGUAGCCAAAAGUUUUUACUACAGAACUCAUUGUGAUACAAGAACCAUCAAUUUGCACAUAGCCAAAGUGCUCUUUGAAAAAGUAGUUUAGUUAUUUCUGUCAGAUGUACAUUCCUUCAUUAUAAUCAGGGGUAUGUAAUCCAGAAAACAGAUAGAGUUAGAAUAGACCCCUUGUGGUCAUUAGAAACAGCACACAGCGAGAGCUUUUUAGUGCAUUAGAUUUUUUUUUCAGAAUAUGAAUGGAAUAGAAAAAGAUUGAAGUUCGAAGAAAUUGUUUUAAUAGAAAAGUAGUUGAAAUUCUUCAAG